AAAUGAGUUAAAAAAUAUAAGAUCAAGUUGAUGCAAUUAAGAUGAAAAUGAUCCUAGAAAUAGAAAUUUAUGUUGGAAUAUGCCUUUUCUUAGUACUUAUAACCACUAGGUUAAUAAGAUAUAUAUCAGCUCCUUUAUUAAAUUUGAUUUAAGUGAUUAAUAAUCAUGUUAAGAAGAUAGGAAACAAUUUGAAUUCAGAAAUAUUUAAAAUGACAAUAAAAAGUAAAAAGUAAGCAGAUGUAUAUAAAUCACUUGCAUAUUCAUUCUUAGGUUUCAAAGAUUUAUAAACAAGAAGAUCAGAAUGUAAGAAUUAAACUUGUAAAUAUAUUGAAGAUUUAAAAUACAAUUUAAAGUAUUAAGAAACUGAUUGCAGUAAAAUUAAACAAUAAAUUUAACUUAUCCAUAGUAAAGAAGCAUAAGAAAAAUAGUAUUCAUUUUAAAAACCCUUUCUCUUAAGAAGCUUUUCACAAAAACAAAUGAAGGUUACUACUGAUGAUGAAACAUCAUAUAGAUUACUCCUAAUUAACUAAAUAUUUUAAGAAUUGUUUUAAAAGCAAAAUCAUCUUUGA